CGUAUAAAUGAAGGCUUCAAGCAUUCCGAUCUCCAUAGUCCUUGAAUCCCAACAUCAUCCACAUUAACACAUCUCUUUAACCUAAUUUCAUUAUCAUCAUGUUUACUUCAUUAGCUCGCUUCACACUUGCUCUUGCCCUCGCAUCUUCUGUUCUCGGUGCUGCUAUCCCUGUAACGACAGUGGCCCCUGACACUACCGCGACUGCAACUGCUACUUCGGUUGUACCUGCUACUUCGGUUGCACCUGCUACUUCGGUUGUACCUGCCACUUCGGUUGUACCUGCUACUUCGGUUGCUUACCACAAGGGUCCUGUUGGUGCCCUGUUUAAGAACAACGUUCAUGAUAGGAUUCAGACCUCUGAAGCACCCGUAGCAACUGCAAUUACAGAAGCAGGCAGACUUAAUCCUUCCCGCCGAUCCGGCGAGCUCUGGAAGGGGAGGGAACACCAAGAGGUAGCACGAGAUGGCGCUUCCUCUCGCCGAUCAGGCGAACUCUGGGAGUCAUUUGUGCACGAAGUAGCACGAGAUGGCGCUUCCUCUCGCCGAUCCGGCGAACUCUGGCGUGGACUUGAACACGAGGAGGUUUCCGCGUCUCCUGAUGCUUGAGCCAUAUUGCGUCAUGCGGAGAUUAGUAUUGAUCAAUCAUGCGCAUGAGCGAGGAUCUCCGCGCUCUCGCUGUGUACGCGGGCGUAU